AUGCCAAACAUGGGUUCUGGAUUACCGCAACAGCAAACGCAUCCAAAUAUGCCUAUUGGCAGUCAAGGUUUAUUCGGAAUGUCAUCUUCAAAUGUUAUGGGUCAACCACCUCCAAUGCAACCGUCAUCAACUCAUUCCGGUCAAAAUCAAGCAGGUUUCAUGCGUCCGGGACCCAACUUAAAUCCACCUCAACACACUCAACCUCAACAUCCACAAUUCAAUCAAUCUGCCAAUGUAGCACCCAAUCCGACAUUAGGACAAUCCUCAAUGAAACCAGGAAUGAUGCCGUUCGGACAAGGAACACAAAAUCCUUCGUCACAAGCAGCUAAUCCUCCUCCAUUUGGUCGCUUCGGUUCUGGAUUUGGAUCUGAAUUUAGUUCUGCAUCAAGUAAUACCUCAAUUACAUCUUCGAGUAAUCCGAAUAACAUUUUGAAUCAAUCUAUGGAACAAAGUGGUUUAUCAAGCAAUCGAAAUAUUCUUCAAGGAGCUAAAGCACCAUCAAACCCAGCUGGCAUGGGGAUUGGUAAUGCUUCACAAGCUAACUUGAAUGCAGCACCAAGAAUGGGUCCACCGCCAAUUCAUAUGAGCACUGCACAAGUUCCAGCUGUUCAUGGUAGCUCAGUAAAACCUCCAAUGGGCCCUGGUGGUUCUGGUUUUAUGCCCGGCGCCAUGAAUCAAGGAAAUCGAAUGGGAAUGGGUGCUAUGUCUAGUGUCGCUAACGCAAUGCCAUCAAUGAGCACUAACCCCCCAAUGGAUUACCAGCAUCAACGAAUGCAUCCUAACCAAUCCACACUACCUAUGCAACAACCUGGAAUGAUGCGAGGAGGACCUCAAAUGGGAAUAGGCUCAGGCCCUGCUCCAGCUUAUGCCGCGGCGUCCAUGGGAUCUAUGCCACAAGGAAACCCUGGAAUUAUAGGUGUUGUAAAUAACGGACCACAAGCACAUCAGCAGCCUGGUCACUAUUUCCAGAAUGAUCCAAGAAUGCAACAACAACCACCUCAAAGUUAUGGACAGCAGCCGUUUGGCGGUCCUGGAAAUAUGCCACCACCUCAGUUUUAA